GUAGCUUGUUCUCACAGAAAGGCUUUUUACUAACGAUCACAUGCUUCAGUUUGAAAUGCACUCCGAUUCUCUGUGCUGUUCUAACAUUCAAGCCCAGAAACCACCGACCAUUUAUUUGUGGAUUGUACCUCUGUCAACAAGAUGCAGAUUAAGAGUGGAAGAUAUUACACAUUGCUGGUCAAUGGUUCAUCACUGUAUUCUUGCGGUUCCAAUGUGUGUGGUGUUCUAGGUCAUGGUUCUGAGACAACACAAUGUGUAGCUUUUACACGUAUCAGUUUUCCUUCUCUUGCACAAGUUACCCAGGUUUCGGCAUCACAUAAUCAUGCUGCUUUUGUCAUGCAGACUGGAGAGUUUUCAGUUGGAUUCUGUAGUUAGCUGUCUCUAGGAUAUGAGAGUUUGUGACGCUAUAUAGACUUAAUGAACAGUUGAUUGGGAGAGGAUGGCAGGGGAGGAUGUUCAGGAGACACUCUUCAAGAAAGUUUACUAUAAGAAUUGCUCAGGGUGCAGGGUAGAUCAGUAUAAAGCAGUGCAACAUGGUUUGCCUAUAAAGGAACUUUUCGCAAUAUGGAUUGUGGUGCUCGCCACAGUGCUGCCAAUAUCAUCUCUAUUCCCGUUCCUUUACUUCAUGGUAAAGGAUUUUAAUAUCGCAAAACAAGAAGAGGAUAUUAGUUAUUAUGCAGGUUUUGUGGGGUCAUCAUAUAUGUUUGGAAGGGCUCUCGCAUCUGUCUAUUGGGGAAAAGUGGCAGAUCGAUAUGGUCGCAAACCCGUUAUAAUCAUAGGCACUUCAACAGUAGUUAUUUUCAACACUCUAUUUGGUCUUAGUAUGAACUACUGGAUGGCUAUUAUUACGAGGUUUCUUCUUGGAAGCUUAAACGGUUUACUUGGACCUAUAAAUGCCUAUGCAUGUGAAAUUUUUCGGGAAGAACACCAGGCCCUGGGAUUAUCAACUGUCACUGCAGCAUGGGGCACCGGGUUGAUAAUUGGACCUGCUUUGGGAGGCUUCCUUGCACAGCCUGCAGAUAAUUUUCCAAAUAUCUUCUCUUCACAAUCUCUUUUUGGAAGAUUCCCAUACUUCUUGCCAUGCCUUGUUAUAUCACUUUUUGCCUUGGUUGUGGAUAUCGCUUGCUUUUGGCUUCCGGAAACAUUGCAUAAGCAUGAAUCACUUAGAAUUUCAAGUGUCGACUCAGUUGGAAAUUUGGAGAGUGCCCUGUUAGUGUCUGAAGCCUCUGAGUAUACACAUGAAGAGAAAGGAUCAAAUCCUAAAGGAAGCCUCUUUACUAACUGGCCGCUGAUGUCAUCUAUAAUUGUUUAUUGUGUUUUCUCACUUCAUGACAUGGCUUAUGCAGAGAUAUUCUCAUUAUGGGCUGUGAGCCCUAGGAGGUUGGGAGGCCUCAGUUUUUCGACUGAGGAUGUUGGUGAAGUUCUUGUAAUCUCGGGUCUUGCCCUUCUGUUCUUCCAGAUUUUUCUGUAUCCACUCUUGGAGAAGAAACUUGGAUGUAUCAUGACAAGUCGCAUAUCGGCAGUUCUUUCUAUUCCUCUCUUGACAAGCUAUUCGUAUAUCGCCAUGCUAUCUGGGAUUCUGCUCAAUAUAUCGAUAAAUUGUGCUUCUGCAUUGAAAAAUAUUUUAAGUGAAUUCAUCGUUACUGGCUUGUUCACAUUGCAAAACAGGGCUGUGGACCAACACCGAAGAGGGGCUGCUAAUGGAAUUUCCAUGGCCCUAAUGUCGCUGUCCAAGGCAGUCGGUCCAGCUAUUGGAGGAGCACUUCUUCUUUGCCUAAUCUAGCUGUUGUGGAUAAGCAAGAUCCUCGCGUAACUGUAAGCUGGCUCUGUACUCAUUAAUCUUCUGGUGUUCUUAUAUAAACUCUAGUGACAUGCUGUCACUUUACUACAACUCUACAAGUCCAUAGUUUGAGUUAUACAAAUCACCACAUUGUUCUUUGCAAGUUAAAUUAAUUCUUUAAGAAUUGUUUGAAAUGUUUUCUUUCUGUUUUCUGACAGUGGCCGCUUUAAGGAUCUCUGAUGCUUGGUAUACAAAGAUAUUGUGUUUGUUCCCGUUAAACACAAGUCUUUAAUAUUUGUGUUUUUAAUUUUGUUUAUGAGAUUUAUGAUGCUUCAUCAGUGAAGAUAUCGUUUUUGCUCUAGUGAAAUGUAUGACUUUGUCGAAUUUGUGAUAUCAGUGGAUGAAACAAUUGUUUGCUCCGCUUGAAGUGACUGAUCCAGAAAUGGCUGAUCUUAUUGAACUCGAAAAGAACAAGCAAUAGAAGGUAUGUAUAAAAUUUAUUUCAGUCUUCUGUUUCUAUUAAAGUUAUUGCAUGCACUUCUGUUGUUCAACUCUCCAACACAUUAUAAUGAAUUAUAUGACUGUUGGAAGUAUUAGUUAAGGAUGUGAUAUGAUUAUCCUCUUAAUACCUUGACUUUUUACUGUUUAGGAAAGGUAGUAAUUGAACAAUUUCUUCUUCUGCUUUAUUUUUUGAUUCGUAUCAGAUUCGUUUACUUAUCAUAUAUCAUGGAUCACUAGUUUACUUAACGGGGUAUGAUAAUCUUAUUAUUAUGACUUUGAAAUGCCUUGUUCCGGGGGAUAGAGCUAAUUCCUUCCGAAAAUUUUACAUCAUUGGUCAUUCUGCAAGCUAUUGGGUCCGUGAUAAAUCACAACAGUGAAGGGUUACCUGGUGAAAGAUACUAUGGGGAAAUCAGUACGUCUACAAUGACUAUUCACCUAUCUUUUACAUAGUUGCAUACACUGAUUGGAGUUUGGUUUGUAAAUGUUUAGGUACAUUGAUAUGGCAGAGACUAUGUCAUAAGGCUUUUGGUUUAGAUCUUGCAAAAUGGGGUUGUAAGGGCGAUUAAUUAUAUUACAUGAUGUUUCAGUCAUAAUCUAUUAUGGUGAUUUAUGCUACGUGUAACAUCUCUGCUAAUACAGACGAAUACCUUUUUUCCAGUUAAUAUGCAUUCCAGAAGACGAAUACCUUUUUUGCGCUUAAUAUGCAGUCCUUAUCCGGCUCUCCAGCUAACUCUCAAGUUUACACAGCCUUACUGGAACCCCCACGACAGAAUCAUGACCCUUGAUCUUCCUCACGGUGGACAUCUUUGUUCCCGGGAGUACCCUCAAAAAAAGGAACCUUUAUGAGAACUUUUCUGUAGCUAAAAAACAUGGUUAUGAGGUGCAUACACUAACAACCAUGUCAUCUUUCUUGGAAUAUAGAAGGAUUAACCGCAAUAUCUACGUGAAAAUCAUCUUUCUUUCUUUUAAAUCCAUGUCUCCUUUACGAGUUUUGUUAGUUGCAAAAAACUCUAGUGAGUUCUAUAAGGCACUCAUUUUGUUACUUACAUAGUCCUAUUAUCUUCCUCCAUUUUGUUACUCACAUAGUCCUAUUAUGUUUCACAUCCGCGAACCUCUUAACUAUACCUAUGUAGGAAGAUAAUAGGACUAUGUGAGUAACAAAAUGAGUGCCUUAUAUAACUUAAUGGAGUUUUUUGCAACUAACGAAACUCGUAAAGGAGACAUGGAUUUGAAAGAAAGAAAGGUGAUUUUCACGUAGAUAUCGUGGUUAAUCCUUCUAUAUUCCAAGCAAGAUGACGUGGUCUUUAGUGUAUGCACCUGAUAAGAAUGUGAAAGAUGUCCACCGUGAGGAAGAUCAAGGAUCAUGAUUCUGUCAUGGGAUUCCAACAAGGUUGUGUAAACUUGAAAGUUAGCUGGAGAGGAGCCAGAUAUGGACUGCACAUUAACCGGAAAAAUGGUAUUCGUCUGUAUUAGCAGUUAUGUUACACGUAGCACAAAUCACCACAAUAUAAUUAUGACUAAAACAUCAUGUAAUAUAAUAAAUUGCCCUUAACACCCCAUUUUGCAGGCUCUAGACCAAAAGCCUUUUGACACAAUCUCUCUGCCAUAUCAAUGUACCUAAACAUUUAGAAACCAAAUUCCAAUUAGUGUAUGCAACUAUGUAAAAGAUAGGUGAAUAAUCACUGGAGGCGUACUGAUUUCCCCCGUAGUAUCUUGCACGAGGUAACACUUCACUGUUGUGAUUCAUCAUGGACCCAAUAGCUUGCAGUCACUGAUGUAAAAUUUUCUGAAGGAAUUAGCUCUAUCCCUUGGAACAAGGCAUUUCAAAUUCAUAAGAAUAUCAAACCCCGUUAAGUAAACUAGUGAUUGAUGAUUUAUGAUCAACGCAUCUGAACGAAUCAUAAAAUAAAGCAGAAGAAGAAACUGUUCAAUUACUAGCUUUCCUCAACAGUAAAAAAUCAAGGUGUUAAGAGGAUAAUCAUAUUACAUCCUUAACUAAUACUCCUAGCAGUUAUAUAAUUCAUUUUAUUAUGUUGGAGAG